CGCCCGCACGCCCGCCUUCCACUUCCUCAAAGUUAAUGAAUUUGUCCCAACCGUUCUUCUGGGUCACCCCACGUUAAAUUCCCACUUCUGUAAUUUGCGGAAUCUCUCUCUCUUACCCGCGUCGUUGGUUUCUUGUUCUUUCUCUGUGGGGUCCCACUUGGAGUUGUUAUAGCACCAGCUGUACCUUACCCUUGUGCUGAAGCCAAGUGACUCAGCUACCUUGCUUGCUUUUUGUUUAUUCCGUGAUUUGACCGUAUCUAUAUUCUCUCUCUCUCUCUCUUUCCAUUGAGGAAGGAUUGGUGGGUUCCAUUCGAAUUCAUCGGUAAUUCUGCCCUCUGUCUGGUGUUCGUUAACUUCGAUACCGGCACAUGUUCCAUAGCCGUCUGGGCGUUCGAGCAGCCGGUGGCUCUUGUCCCUCCCUUUCUUGACACGAGUAAUCGAGUGAUCCAUAGCUGUCGAGAUCGGGGAAAGCCAUUUUUGGAGCUGGGUAGUUGGUGGGUGGGUGGUGAUUCCCCAGUUUCUGCGAGGUGAUUGUGAAUUCUGUUUGAGGUUCAUGGUGCACAAGAAGGCUUGAAAGUUCUGAUUCCGGAUCUAGUUUUUCUGGAGAUGCAAAGAUGGGCACAAGUGAAAGAAUCACCAAGUACAGGGAUAGGCUCGAUAGGACUCUGGCAUCUCCUGAUUUGACAAAUGCAGACACGCUUAAAAACCUGGUGAAAGAUCAUCUCCAACGUUCUUCACUGGAAGAAAAUGAAGUAUGUACUGAGAUUCUACUGGAGAGGAGGACUAAGGAAGUCUCUCAUUUUCUGGAUAUGUUGAGAAGUGCUUCUGUUGGCAGUGACGGAUCAAAAGCUUCUCAAACGUCACGUGCUGAAUGGAAAUUAAAACAAGAUAAUGAGGAGUUCCGAGUUAUGUAUCGAGAAGGACCCGAAGGAACUCCAUACCAUACAUUACUUGUAGAAGGCUAUGUGGAUGGCCCCAUGGAUACUUGUUUAUGUCUUUCAUGGGAGUCCGCCCUGUAUAAGAAGUGGUGGCCCCAGUAUACUAUGCCAGCCUUCAAAAUUACUUCUAGUAAAUGUCUCCAGAAGAUCCGUAUUGGAGAACAGAUAUCAUCAGUGAGGGUGAAGGUGUCAUGGCCACUGUCAGCUAGGGAGGCUAUUGUGCACUUCUUUGAGUUCGAGUACUUCCAAGAUGACCUAAUCAUCGUAAUCUUGAACUCGAUAUCCGAAACAGAGAAAAUCGACAAAAGUACUCAUGGGUACACUGGAGACAUGAUACCCGAGGCAAAAGAUGUGACAAGGAUUGGUGUGAUUGGAGGAUUUGCUUUACAAAAGGUGACUCCUGAAAGAAGUUAUUUUCGUACGAUUGCAAACGUGGACUUAAAGCUGGAUUUUGUUCCUCCAUCCCUCAUAAACUUUAUAGCGAGGCAGCUCAUUGGCAGUGGGUUUAGACUCUAUCAGAAGGCAGUUGCUUCUGUAUUCAAGUCGGAUGAAGAUUUUAAGCAGGCUUUGAACGACCCUCUGUAUGAUCGAAUACGUAAAGCUUUUUAUAGUAUGAAUCAACAAAAUGGAGGUCUGGAAUACAAUAAGCUGGAGGACAAGGCAAAAGUUCUCAUCCACGAAGAUAUUGUAGAUAUUGCGGAAGAUGACAUAAAGGAUGUAAAUCAAGAUAUUCCAAUCGAUCAGAGUGCAGGAGAAUUUCAGCCAAAUGAUGAACUGCCUCAAUAUAGCAGCAAUUAUGGUGAAAUCGAGGAGGUGAAGAGUGAGGAAGGCAUUGAGGGAGGUAAUGAUCUUAUCAUUAACCCUUCAAAUGGAGAUGUGGGGGAGAUGUCUUGCCUAGAUCGCAAAAAAAAAGUUUAUAUCCGUCCUGAGGUGGAAGAAGCUCUUGGGACGUUGGAAAAAGUGAUAUCUAUAGUUCGACAACAUGGAUUGAAUGCACAUAACUGUUCACCGUCGCAAGAUCUUGAAAUAAAUGCAGUUGGGGUUUCAAUCUCAGAAAAAGUUGGAUUCAUUUCAAAGGAUGACAUUGGUGCUGAAGAAUUAAACAGAGAAACCAUAAAGAAGUCUACAGAAGAACAGAGACUAAGCUCUGGCACUCACAGUUUGAGGGAUAGGAAAUCAAAUUCUAGUGCCACAAGGGAAGUAAGUCACAGCAAGGUAGUACCAGCUUCCCCGGAAGAGAGACUCUUGGCUCCUCAUCAGAUUGACCAGGUCGUUGCUUCAUAUUCUCUCGAGAGUGGGAAGAUGGAGGCACCAUUUUCGAACUCAACCACGAGCGACACCAAAGAGAUGACCAUAGGGCCAGAGAGGGCAGACAAAAAUGGCAUAGAUGCAGAGAAUUCGUCCAGACGAUGGAGAAGAUACAGGUUAUGUUGUUUCCACCCACUUCAUGGACAUUGAUGGGGAUUCACAGGAUAGAAUGUUUGGUUCCGCUUGACACCCUUCUCCGUCAGAAGUUCACAUGCGAGCAGAGUUACUUUCUUUCUACAUGUGUUCGCCUUUCCUUUCGCUUUCCCCUCUCUUUUUUAAGGAAGACAGAGCGGCAAACUUUCCGGGUCUUCUUGUGGCCAAUCACAAUCAUGUAUUAUGACGAGAAACCUCAGGGAACUAUAUGUUCAACAAUUUCGGUUUUCAAUGCUAUUUUUAUGAUAUAUGAGACACAACACGAGCAUUCAUUGUCUAA